ACAAAAUGCUUUAAAGGAAUAUGAUAUAGACUAAAACUACAGUUUACCCACUGUCACAUGACUCCAUUGUUUCAACGCUUCUGGUUUAUGGCAUUUGCAUUGGGCAGCCUGGCGUCGCUUCCAGGACCCACAGAACUUCGGUAACAGUAACACUCAAAUCUCAGGUUAGGUCUCCAACUACUACGCUUAAACUCCUUCAAGUAUGUACUCUCCCGAAAGUAGAGAGCCAAAAUUUGAGACCGGAAGUGGCUUCUACAUCUGCAAUGAAGCGGAAGUUUUGGUGUAACCAACUUCGUUUUAAGUGUAUAACAAAGAUUUGAAAACAUAUUCUUAUGACUUGUAACAACAGUAGAAAGUCAGUAGUGUGUAUGUCGCAACAGUUACUUUAAACUGACUUAGGGUUGUAAUACUGAAGUGUCAGGUGCGUGGACCUCAAACCAUUACCAGUGUCCAAGUUACAUUGCCAUUAACCAUAGUACCUACUUUCAUCUAUUCCCAGGGACUGAAAUUUGCUUUUCAUUUUUUUUAUGUGAAGUGUCCUUUACAGCUGAUAAAUAAACGUGAAAAUAAAGGCAGGAAGGACAGCCAUGUAAUUUUCUGUUAAAACAUAUAUGAAGUUUAUUGCAGACCGAUCACCCUAUGCACGAUGGAACCGGUCACAAUGGACUAUUUCUUACAACACAUCCACCAGAAAGACGCGAGCCGAAGACUGCAGAUCGGUCAGGGGCUACUGGACUAUUUGGCAGAUACGUGUAUUUCUACAGAUCUGGAGCACGACCGGAAACGACUGGAUAAGGUGAUCGACGAGUUAGUAGGGUGGGCUAACUCCAGCAGUUUUAAGGUGUCUUUACUUGGAAUGGACAUUUUGAGUGUACUUGUAGACCAAUUAGGAGAUCAUUUCAAGUCGUACUUAGGAAAUGUUAUUUCUAUGAUCAUUGGUCGAUUAGGUGAUGCCAAAGAUCAAGUUCGACAACAAGCACAGACUUUAAUCCUCAAAUUAAUGGAACAGGCUGCAUCUCCAGUGUUUGUUUGGGACAGAUUAUCUGCUGGUUUCAAGCAUAAGAACUUUCGAUCCAGAGAAGGAGUCUGUUUGUGCCUCAUUGAAACACUAAACAGAUUUGGUGCUCACAGUGUAAUGCUAAGCAAGCUGAUUCCGUGCCUUUGCACUUUGUUUGGAGAUUCAAAUAGUCAGGUGAGAGAAGCAGCAAUAUUAGCAAUUGUGGAAAUAUAUCGAUAUGCAGGAGAGAAAAUAAGAGUUGAUCUUAGUCAAAGAGGACUUAACUCAGCAAGAUUACAGUCAGUUUUUGCCAAAUUUGAUGAAAUUAGAGAGUCAGGAAGUAUGAUUUCAAGCCACAGUUCUGAUAAAAGCUUCGAUGAUGAUGAAUCGGUGGAUGGAAAUAGGUCAUCAUCAGCCAGUUCUUCAUUUAAAGUUCCUGCUCCCAAGAACCCUGGAAAUCCGACAACCAGUUCUCGGAAACAGUCAACGUCAGUACCUAAAACAGGUGGAAAGGAGGGAGGUGCUGGAGCUUUGGAUGAAGAGGACUUUGUGAAAGCAUUCACUGAUGUUCCACCAGUCCAGAUUUAUUCCAGCAGAGACCUUGAAGAAACUCUAAAUAAAAUUAGGGAGAUACUUUCAGAUGACAAACAUGACUGGGAUCAACGAGUAAAUGCACUCAAGAAAGUUCGAUCUCUUCUUGUGGCGGGUGCAGCAGAACAUGAUUGCUUUUUCCAGCACUUAAGACUUCUAGAUGGUGCCUUUAAAUUAUCUGCUAAAGACCUUAGAUCUCAAGUAGUUCGAGAAGCAUGCAAUACAGUGGCGCAUCUUUCAGCUGUCUUGGGAAAUAAGUUUGACCAUGGAGCAGAAUCCAUUGUCCCUACUCUCUUUAACUUGGUUCCAAAUACUGCCAAAGUCAUGGCAACAUCAGGAGUUUCUGCAAUCCGUGUUAUAAUUCGUAACACUCAUGUACCUCGACUGAUACCUUUAAUAACAAGCAAUUGUACUUCAAAAUCAGUGGCUGUCAGAAGGCGGUGUUAUGAAUUUCUUGAUUUGCUUCUCCAAGAAUGGCAGACUCACUCUCUAGAAAGGCAUGUUGCUGUUCUGGUUGAUACCAUCAAGAAAGGCAUUCACGAUGCAGAUGGUGAGGCAAGAGCUGAGGCUAGAAAAACAUAUUGGGGCCUGCGAACUCACUUUCCUGCAGAAGCAUCAGCUUUGUACAAUUCUUUGGAAUCAUCUUAUCAAAAAACUCUUCAGUCUCAGCUAAGGAGUACAAGUGCAACAUCUCUCCCCAUGUCUGAUAGGUCAUCUUCUAGUUCUCAAGAAAGCUUGAACCGACUGUGUCCCUCAAAAAUGUCAGCAGCUAGUGUACCAAGUGGGCCAGGGAGAGUUGCAGGAAGUAGUUCAAAGUCUGCCUCUGCUGCUGGGAGUCUACAGAGAUCACGAAGUGACAUUGAUGUCAAUGCCGUGGCUGGAGCAAAAGCACGCCAUUCAACUGCACAGUCAACAGGAGCUGGGCACCUCAGUACAGCUGGUCUCCCUGCUGGUUCAUACUCUUCAUUAGAUGAUGCAUCUCACAAGGCAGAUGAAACUGCUUCUGAGGAUGGUCGAGUGCGUUCAGUGCUUUCAGCAGCUCCUUCUGGUACUAUUGGUUGUGUUGUUGAUUCUAGAGGGCGUAGUCGAGCAAAAGCAGUUUCUCAUUCUCAGCCUGGCAGUCGCUCUGGUUCUCCUGGCCGGGUUUUAAGUACCACCACUCUUUCAACAGUCAAUAGUGGAGUUCAGCGGGUGUUAGCUAAUCCUCCAAGUACCCAAAAACGAAGCAAGAUUCCACGUAGCCAAGGAUGCAGUAGAGAAACCAGUCCCUCUCGACUGUCUGUUGCCCGAGGCAGUCGCAUUCCUCGUCCUAGUGUGAGUCAGGGGUGCAGCAGAGAAGCCAGUCGUGAAAGCAGCAGGGACGCAAGUCCUGUACGUUCUUUUCUACCCCUAGCUUCAAGGCAUCACUCUAGAUCCACUGGCGCGCUCUACACCCCUGAUACUUUGGGGGCAUCAGGUUUUGCAUCUAUUCAGUCCAGCCGUCUGUCAACAUCUGUCAGUGCCAUGAGAGUGCUGAACACAGGCUCAGAUGUGGAGGAGGCGGUAGCUGAUGCAUUGCUCUUGGGAGACAUACGGAGUAAGAAAAAACCUGCAAGAAGAAGGUACGAUUCUAGUGUAAUGUAUUCAGAUGACGAUGCCAACAGUGAUGCAUCAAGUGCCUGUUCAGAACGUUCCUAUAGCUCCCGCAAUGGAAGCAUACCAACCUACAUGAGGCAGACAGAAGAUGUGGCUGAAGUACUAAAUCGUUGUGCUAGUUCCAAUUGGUCUGAAAGGAAGGAGGGACUUUUAGGUCUGCAGACUUUGUUGAAGAACCAGAGGUCUUUAAGUCGAGUAGAAUUGAAGCGAUUGUGUGAGAUAUUCAACAGGAUGUUCGCUGAUCCUCAUAGCAAGAGAGUAUUCAGUAUGUUUUUGGAAACCUUAGUUGACUUCAUUCAAGUUUAUAAAGAAGAACUUCAGGACUGGCUGUUCUAUCUGCUGACCCAGUUGCUGAAGAAGAUGGGUGCUGAUUUGCUUGGAUCUGUGCAGGCCAAAGUUCAGAAAGCUCUUGAUGUCACUCGAGAGUCUUUUCCUAAUUCAGACCAGUUCAACCUUUUAAUGAGAUUUACUGUUGACCAGACACAGACACCUAAUUUGAAGGUGAAAGUUUCAAUUCUGAAGUAUAUUGAGACAUUGAUCCAGCAAAUGGACCCAGGAGAUUUUGUUAAUUCCAGUGAAACACGACUGGCUGUGUCACGUAUUAUAACUUGGACAACAGAACCCAAAAGUUCGGAAGUUAGAAAGGCUGCACAAGCUGUGCUGAUUGCACUGUUUGAACUUAACACACCAGAGUUUACCAAGUUACUAGCGGCUUUACCAAAAACAUUCCAAGACGGAGCUACCAAACUGCUUCAUAGCCAUUUACGGAACACAGGCAACAGCAUUCAGGGAUCUUCAGGCAGUCCUUUAACACGACCAGUUCCUCGUUCACCAGCAAAUUGGACUAGCCCCCUUACAUCUCCAACUAGCACAUCACAGAAUAUCUCCACAAGUGUAUUUGACUAUGACACUGAAAAUAUGAAUUCAGAAGAUAUCUACAGUUCUCUUCGUGGUGUUACUGAAGCCAUCCAGAAUUUCAGCUUCCGUAGUCAGGAGGACAUGAAUGAACCCGUGAAAAGGGAUUUCAGAAAAGACAGUGAUGUGGAUGCAGUGGGUGGCAGCAUUGCUUCAAUGUUUCCCAGUUUACGUGAUAAUGGUGAUAUACCAGAUAUAGGCCGAACUGCAUUAGACAAAACAGCUGUACUAAAUACAUUGCCUGCUCAUACUCCACCUCGCUCACGGGAUUACAAUCCUUUAAAUUAUGCUGAUAGAAGUGCUGCUUUGAAGGAGGCCAUGUUUGAUGAUGAUGUUGAACAAUUUCCUGAUGAAGAUGUUUCACAGGACCAGACUGAUUUAGUUGCGGAUUUAUUAAAGGAGCUUUCUAAUCACAAUGAGAGAGUGGAAGAGAGAAAAUCUGCCUUGUAUGAACUCCUAACCCUAACACGAGAGGACUCAAUCGGCGUAUGGGAUGUGCACUUUAAAACUAUUUUGCUGCUGCUAUUAGAAACUCUUGGUGACAAAGAGCAUGCAAUCAGAGCUUUAGCCCUACGAGUCUUGAGAGAAAUUCUGAGGAAUCAGCCCACAAGAUUCAAGAAUUAUGCUGAACUUACUGUAAUGAAGACAUUAGAAGCACACAAGGAUCCUCAUAAAGAAGUGGUAAGAGCCGCUGAAGAGACAGCGGCAACAUUAGCCACAUCUAUCAGCCCAGAGCAGUGCAUCAAAGUGCUUUGUCCCAUUAUUCAGUCAGCAGACUACCCCACCAACUUGGCCGCAAUCAAAAUGCAGACAAAAGUAAUUGAACGUGUUUCCAGAGAUUCCCUUCAACAGCUGCUGCCAGAGAUUAUCCCAGGAUUGAUAAAGGGAUAUGACAACUCAGAGAGCAGUGUUCGAAAAGCAUGUGUGUUUUGCCUUGUUGCUAUACAUUCAAUAACUGGAGAUGAUCUUAAACCACAUCUUAGCCAGUUAACGGGUAGUAAGAUGAAGUUGUUGAACCUGUACAUCAAACGUGCGCAAACUGGUUCUGGCAUAAGUGAGCCUGCCUCAGAUAUUUCUGGCCAAAGCUAGUGAAGAAAUCCAUAGUGAGCAGUCUCUCACAGAAGAAAAAUAAACAUUGAUCUACUGUAUAUGCAAGACGAUUUCAGUAACACAUUUUGGAAUUUUUCUAUUCUGUUUUUGAGGAGGAUAACUAAAUGACAUCCCUCAGCCUGCAUGCAUCACACUAAAUCUUUUCCAAAUUGUAGAGGAACAGUAUUAAAGUCCUGUGAUCAAGAGAAAUGAAAAGGAAACAAGAAAGCAGUUUAUUUUCUUUAGUCACACUCGUGUGUCUUCCCAAUAACUUUGACAGUAUUAUGAUUGUAAAAUAGUGGACUAAUACAAAAAAGGUUAUAAAAAUAUUUUAAGAUUCAUAAUCAAAAAGUUUUGUUGUUGGUUGUGUCUUCAUGCUUUUAUUAGUUUUCUCUCCAUUGUUCUAGUCUUUGCUGCUUUCAGGAGGAAAAAUGAAGAACUGAAAGUGCUACAAAGGCAAAGCAGUUUUGCAGUUCUUUUUUUUUUUUUUAAUACCACAGGUCAGUUGCUCUGUUUUGAAAGCAUCCUACUAAAUAUUGGUUUAGAGAUCCUUUGCCAUUUGGUGAGGCUGCUUUAUUAGUAAUCCAGGUGUAAUAAAAAUUUCUUGCUAGUCACUCCACACAUUAUGUAAGAUUUUUCAGAACUGCUGGUUGCAGUAUAGUGGAGGGCUGUGGUGAAGACAAGUUGUAGACUUUUUUGUGUGGUUUAGAUUUGAGGACGUGCUAUACGUGCCAUCACUUGUACUGUAUACUUGGUUGCUUUGAUAAGAACACAAAUUUAGUGCUGUAAAGCACAAAGACUCGGCUUCUGUAACAUUAUGUAUCAUUUUGCACCAGCAGUCAGUUUUUUUAGAAACAACUUUUCCUACCUGGUUUACAUCCCUCUGAAUUCCUGAACCUCAUUUUUUUAUCACAUGUGAUGAAUGGAGAGCUGUUUGAAAGAGAGCAACUGCACCAUUAAACAGAAUUUGUGUUUAUUGGGCAUGGGUGGGUUGUUUUUGGGACAUGUGAAGGAGGGAGAAGGGCUAGUUUUACUUUGUAUACAUUUUGCAGCCACACAUGUAUAGUAGAUUUCUAUUUAUGAAUAACUAAAGAAAGUUUGUAACUUAUACUUAAUGGGUUUGUGUGUGAUUGUCUGUUGUAAGCUUUUCAUUUAAUAGACAUUCUGGUGUGAGGUAAAUGAGAAAUCUAGGCUUCAUGCACUAUAACAAUGUAGGGAAGUUAAGGCCUUAAAUACAGAAAAAAGGAGGAAGGGGAAGCACUAAUAAGAUCUCUGUUCAUGGUGCAUCAGAAAUCAUUAGUGCCUCUGUCUUCUAAAUGAGCAGCAAUGUUUUAGUCAACUCUUUCAGAUAGUUCCUGGUUUUGUUAGAGAUGAAAACAUUAAAGUAAAUUGACUGCAUUCACAAGGAAUCAAAAUGUCUUGGUGCCAGAGCUGAAUUCAAGUCUAGAAUGCACGCUUUUGCAAAGAAGGUCUUAACCUUGUAUCAGAAGACAUUUGUAAAAAUGUAUGUAAAGUAAAAAUGUCUUUUAACAACAAA